UAGUACGUUAUAAAAAGAGAUCUGCAAGUAGUUAGCAUGAAUUCAGCAAUAAGGAACGUUGCAAAAUCGCACUUUAUUUUUAACUUUGUCCGUCAACCUUUAAUUCAUCUGCCAUGUAGCUCAACAAAUAUAAAUUUCUCAACGCUACAAAAAUCUGACUUUUAUGAUGAAAAAUCCUGGAAACAGUCCUGUAUUAAUAGUCAGGUACACAUGGGAGCUCCUUGUUUGAAUAAACAAAUGAUACGGUGCAAAACAAAUAAAAGAAAAUCAACAAAGAAAGAGAAUAAAGAUGAUGGAAGUGAUGAUGAUGAUGACAGUGAAGAAGAAGAUGAUGAUGAAGCAUCAUACAGUGAUUUAGAAAUAGACUAUGAGGCUCCAGCAGCAUAUAAACACAUGAGUGUUCAUUCUCAAAGGGCUGAUAGUAUUAUACAUACAGGAUUAGGAAUUUCAAAAAGUGAAACAGAAAAAUUGUUUUAUGGCAGCAAAUUUAUGUUUCAAGGAAAAACAUUGACGAAGAAAGCAAAACAGCUUGAAGUAGGGGAUUCUGUAGAUGUUAUUCAUUCAAGAAAGGAUGAUAAACUUUUAGUUCAACGUGUUAAAGUUAUCAAAGUUUCCAAACGGUUGACAAAGUCAGGGAAACCUAUUGUCAUCAUUCGAGUGUGGAGGAAACAGUUUGAGGUGAACAAUUCAGGAGGAAGUUAAUUAACUACAUGAAAUUCUUCUUACUGUGUUUUAGUACAUUAUGCUAAAGCUGCAAACCCUUACCUUACUUAUGCUAUCUUACAUUAAAUUUACAUUUAUGUAUCUUUUAUAUUUCAUAUUAAGUUUAUACAGAAUUUAUUUUAGUUUGAUUGUGUAGGAAACUAAGGUUAUAGACCCUCUCCUGGAACUAACCAAUAGUGAACAAUGAGUGAAAAGUUUCUUGCUCCUGAUGGGAUUUGAACCCUAAUGGCUAGAGAUUAUUAGAUUAAGAUAAGUCUGACAUGUUAAUUACUUGGCCCUCCCCACCACACAUUUCUCAAUGCUACAUACAAUGUUUCAUUUUCCUUUUAUAAAUAUAUAAAGCAAUUUGAAACUUUUUUUUAACUCUUUCAAUUAACAGAUGUUUCAGCUCUUUGGCCAUUAUUAAAAUGUAAGUUAACAUUUCCCAUGCAUGUUGUGUUUUAAUAUUGAUCUGCAGUGUUACAAAGAUAACAGAAAUGAUGAUAAAAAAUAUUGGGAAGUAAUUUUUCACCAAUCUAUUUCUAAUGAUAUUUCAGAAUUGUUAUGCUUUUAUUUGUGAAAUUCUCCAAUUGAUGUCAGUUUUAAAUGUAUAUGAAGUUAUGUUUCUUCUGUUGAGUAGAAUGUUUUACCAAUCUAUUUCUGAUGAUAUUUCAGAAUUUUUAUCCUUUUAUGAGUGAAAUUUUCUGAUUUAUGUCAGUUUUAAAUGUAUAUGAAGUUACGUUUUUUUUGUUGAGUAGAAUGUUUAGGAACAAUAAUUGAUUAUUUGUUUUAACCUUUUACCUCAUAUAUACGCGAAACAACGCACUUUCGACCCACCACCCCCCCCCCUUUUUUAGGCCUGAAAUAGUGAAAAAAUGUCCUAUUUGGGCCCCAAACACAUGUUUCCGUUUGAGAAAUGUCGCCAAGAAAAUUUUGGACUUGUGAGAGGCUAAAAUGACCCCAGGUCGAUCAUAAGGUAACGUGUAACCAACGCUGAAAAGCCUUUGACUCUAUCUCAAUCCCUUGAGAAGUUGCAGCACUUUGAAAUAAAUUUUGAUGGAAAAAAUCGAGGCAAAAUAGUGAUUUUUGGCAAUUUUGAGAUGUCCCCUCGUUGCCAUGGUAACAGGAAAUUUAAGACUGAGCAUAUCGUUACAAAGGCAAUGGUCCAGUCAACAUUUGUGCCAAGUUUGAUUAGUAUUGAAGCAUUUUUCAUAGUUUCAUAGCAGUUUGAACUUGUAACAGGAGGCUUUUCAGUGAAAACGGCCAUUUUUCACAAUAUGCUCAUGAGGGAAAGGGUUAAUUGUUGAUUAUCUUUUCAAAAGCACAUGUUAUUAAGUAUUAAUGAAAUUUAGUGUUUGAAAUUAUUAUUGUCCAAUAGGAUUGCAGUUUUUCAAAUGUGUUCUAACAGGACUUACAGAAAAUGAUGGUCACUUAAAACAUUAGGUCAGCAGGAUUUCUCUAGGUAGAGCAAUUUACCAACAACAAAUAAUAAAUUUUAGGUCUGGCUACAUGAUAUUUUACACUCAGAGAUUUUUUCCAUAUACAGGUAUGGUAUUGAUUUUCCGUGCCACAGUCUGCCCUGUCUACCUGUUGAUGACCUAAAUUGCUUCAUAAGAGAUUUUUAGUGGGGAAUUCAAUAUGAUAAAAAAAAUAAUUUCAAACACAAAUUGGUUAUUUUUUAUCAGUAUUUAGCAAUUUAAAAAUUAAAUUGGUUGAGUGAAGCAUCAAUUUAAUUUUGAAAAUGCUUACUAAUGAACACUUCAACCUAUGCAUAAUUUUUAAUCUGAGAUCAUUGCAGGUUGUGUAGCGAAAGUUUAGAGAAAUGUGUAUAGAGAAUUUAUGAGAGUAUGUUGCAUAAAGCACUGUUAUUGAAAAUAAUAAAAUUAAAAA